GGGCGCUACUACUAGCAAGGAAACAGCAAACUCAGCGUCCAGGGGUCGCGUUUUACGACGAUAUCGUCUGAAGUUUUUCGAAGAAAUUAAAUCUGUAGGUAGGCUUCAAAAAGGUAGUCAUUACUGAUAACGACAACCCACUGACAUGGGGAAGUACAGCAGUGAUGAAGAAAACAGCGACGACGAAGGAGAGCGGACCCGCGUCUACAUCGGCGACAUCAACUAUGAGACGUCCCGGACAGACCUGGAGAAAGCCUUCAAGAAGUUUGGCCCGCUGUUUGAGGUGUGGUUGGCCCGGUACCCACCGCUCUUUGCCUUUGUCGUCUUCCAGAAUAGGAAGGAUGCGGAGGAGGCCGUGCGGGAGAUGAAUGGAGAGACGAUCCGUGGCUCUCGGGUGCAGGUCAACGUUGCUCGUCCUCGCAACCGCGGCCGGAUGGGCUUUGGCCGGUCCACCUUCCGUGAUUCGGACAUCCGUUGUUUCCAUUGUCGGGAGCGGGGCCACAUCGCCCGGCACUGCACACGCUUCACGUCGGGCUAUCGCCGCUACUUCAGCAGGUCCCGCUCUCGAUCUCGCUCGCCUCGUAGGAGCCACCGCAGCGGCAGUCGGGAAAGAAGAAAGCGGAGUGCUUCUCAUUCCCGUAGUCGAAGCCGCAGCCGUGAUCGUGAACGUCGUAGGAGCCGGACUGAACAGGCAGCAUCUUAGUAAAGACAGCUUGUGAAGGGACAAGUUUCCAGCUGGACCAGCUACUGUGAAAGUUUGCAGCCGUUUUCCCAUGCAAACUUCAUGGUAUGGAUCAAUGAUUGUACACCGACUUGUAAAUAUUGUAACCGCCAGCAUUUAUAUACUGCUGGUUCACCAUCAGCAGAGACCCACAGGUUAUGUUGUAUUCAAUUUCCUUUUUUUAUUUUUAAAUAAAAUUUAAUACCCGCGUGGGCUAUUGACUUUUUUGUUUUACACAUGUACAUGCAGCUCCUUGUGCAGAAAUAUACCAAAAUACUAGAAUUCCUGUGUGAAAACCAAAUUUGAAAGCCUGAAAUGAUUAUGCAGCAUGUGUGUUGGAGAGAUACAAAAGUUGAAAACAAAGAAUAAAUUCUGAGCAAAAAUUUGGAACUGUGAGCAUCAUGUAGAGUUUAAUUGGUAUACUUGUUUAAAAUUUGGAACAGAACUCUGUGGCGCAGAAGUUUGAAGGAUUAAUUUCCCGAACAAUUACACACAUUGUGAACAUGAAAUGGAAAAUUUUUUUGGUACUGUUUUGUUGAAAAAAUUUCAGUUGAAAUAAUUCUAUUUGAAAUAAUUUUAUUUGAAAUGGAAAACAGUCAAAUGUGGAGAAAAAAAUUGUUGGCUGUAUAUAAAGGAUUUUUUUUAUAUAUAAUAACUCAUGAAAAUUAUUAAGGAUGAAAAUUAUCGGGCUUACAUGUAUAUAAUGCUUAUGCAAGCAUAAUCAGAUUAAACAAAUCUAUGUUCUGUUUUGCAUGAUACAUCAACUUGGGCGUAACUCUUGGAGCUGCCAACACAGAAACUUGCUAAUCAUUGAAAAAUUAGUUACUCAUUCAGAACAGGUUACCAUGUAAAUGUUAUACAUGUACAGUGUAUAUAUGUGUGUAACGUGACUGGUUAAUGUUUGCUGAGCACGUGAGUUCGCUAUUCGAUAUUCUUUUUAGGGUGGCGUGGGUGGCUAGUGCCUAAAGCACUCGCCUCUCACCGAUGUGGCCUGGGUUCAAUUCCUGGUGUCGGACCAUAUAUGAGUGGAGUUUUCGUUGAUUCUCUCCUGUGCCAAGAGGCCUUUCUCCGGGCUCUUCGGUUUUCCAGGAUCCUCCGGGCUCUCCGGUUUUCCUCCCUCCGCAAAAAUCAACACUUUCGAUCUCUGGCUGUGCGCAGUGGUCAGAUAUGGAUCGUAUGGUCGCUGCCAAAAGCGCCUUUACAUGCCCUCAGUUUAACCACAUUGUAGCCGCGUCCUUGGCAGUUCUGCUUCUCAGCUGCGAGUAAGGAUGAUUAGCCCCCGAAUUGUUACAUGUAUUAUUGUUCUGGUCAGGCGCUCCAUUAAAAUGGUCCCAUACAGGUUUUGUACAAGUGAUAACUUUGCUGUAUAUAAAGCAGCCCUGCCCUAGUGCCCUGUAUACAGUUGAACACCUUUAUAACAAGGUUUUGGGGACUUUACAAAAUUACCUCGUUAUAACCGGUACCUUGUGUUAACAGUAAUAAAAAACAAAGACUCGGGACCUAAAAUGUUGCUUGUUAUAAGCAGGACGUUGUAUUAACAGCGCUCUUCUUGUCAGGGUACGGCUGUACUUCUAAAUGACCUUUGAGUGUAUGCAGCUCUCAUUCAAAGCAGAGCGAAGAGCUGUCAGGAGGAUCUGUGACUGUGUGAUGACGUCAAAGCAAGAACCCUUCUUAAUUCACCUACUUGAAAACGUAUUAGCUUCUUGUGGUUCAUGGCAACAUAUGACAAUACAAUAGCAAGUCACCGAUGUCGUAAGCCGUACACAAUGGCUUGACUAAGACUAACGUCAUCACACAUUCAGCCUGUUUAUAAGCCACAGACAGAUUGUGGCUAAUCUGGGCUUUAUAAAUCUUGGCUUCGCCUUCAGCUGUGGCUUCAGGCUACAACAUCAUGAUUAAGUCCAAUGAAUUGAGAGACUCCACUGCAAUACUGGUCCGCUUUCUGUUAAAGGGAAAA